AUGUUUAAACUUCCUAUACAUAAACCGUUUAAGCUAUCAAGAAAUUCAUUCUUCAGCAACAGUAACCUUGUAUCUUUGACGCUUGGUAAAUACAGACAAUCAUUGUUAGUUUCGAAGAAUACGCCACUGGACUUGCUCAAGAAAUCAAAGUAUCUCAGUUCAAAUACAGAAAUAUUACGGUCAUCUUUGGGACCAAACAUAUUUGGAGGAUUUAAGUUUGUUCAGCAAUCUCGAAAUUUUAGGACGAGUGACACUUGGUCUAGAUAUAACAAAUAUUACGGUAGAAGUCAUUGGAACAAACUUAAAAAGCCAGCUUUAUUUACUGCUCUCUUUUGCAUAACUACCACGCUUGUUAUCCCCUACAUUUUCAAUAACACUCCAUUAGCUUAUGUUAAGACGGUUCCAAAUGCGUUCGUUUAUUCACUCAUAGCCGUGAAUGGUGCAGUAUUCUUAAUGUGGAGAGUUCCGCAAUUUUCCAGAUUUCUUACAAGAUAUGGGUUACUUGUUAAGGACAAUAUGUAUUCCAGUUGGUCUAUGGUUGGAGCCGCAUUCUCUCACCAAAACUUAGGACAUCUCUUCGUUAAUAUGUUUGUCUUGCAGUCGUUUGGUACAACAUUGUGUGCUGCAAUCGGAGUGACAAAUUUUGCAAUUAUGUAUCUUAAUUCAGCUGUUUUAUCCUCAUUUAUUUCUAUACUAAUUCCUACUAUAUUGAGAUCUUCAUUGACAGUUGGUUCGUUGGGUGCAUCGGGUGCAAUAUUUAGUGUAUUUGGUGCUUUUUCUUACAUAUUCCCUAAGGCACCACUAGCAUUAUUCUUUAUACCAGUACCAGGUGGGGCAUGGAUAUUAUUCUUGGGUUCAUUGGCAUACAACAUUGCUGGUAGUGCUUUGAGAUGGGGUAAAUAUGAUUAUGCAGCACACAUAGGUGGGUCUAUAGCAGGUAUUGCUUAUGGGUGGUGGUAUAAUAAACAAAGACAGGAAAAAAUAAAUAGAAGAAGACGGGCCUAUGCUUUUUGA